AUGCACGCUCCUCCAAAGGGCCUGAUUUAUUCGAUCUACUACAUCAGCCUUGCAGCUAUCGGGGUCCCAGCUAAUGUGAUGACGCUGGUAAUCCUUUCAAGAGCAAAGUGUGGCCUUUCCAGGUGUGUCAACUGUUACUUGGAGUCUAUGGUGGUGACUGAUCUUCUAGUCAUUUUCACCGCGGUGAUACUCAGCCGGAUCAGCGUGACUUACGCACCGGGUACUUUCCUGUCCCUGACCCCGGUGUGCAGCAUCAGUAGUGUACUCGUUUAUGUAGCCAGGGACAGUUCGGUCUGGCUGACCGUCGCAUUCACUUUCGACCGAUUUGUUGCCAUUACUUGCCAGAAUCUUAAAACAAAGUAUUGUACCGGGAGAUCAGCUGUGUUGAUUAUAGGCUCUGUCUGUGUUCUAAGUUGUGUAAAGAACAUCCCCUUCUACUUUAUUUACCAGCCUUCCUACGUCAUUAAUGGUGUCCCCUGGUACUGUAAUGUGAAAUCGAAUUUCUAUCAUUUCCCGAUAUGGAAAGCCUUCAAUUGGAUCGAUUGCAUUCUCACACCUUGGCUACCAUUCAUCUUCAUUCUGCUUCUGAACAUUUUGACGGUCAGGUAUAUUGUCAUUGCCAGCAGAGCCCGCAGGAGGCUGCGGACUAGCGAACUGCAGUGCGAUCCUGAGGCAGAAAGUCGCAAGAAGUCGAUCAUCUUACUCUUCGCCAUCUCCGGUAGUUUUAUUCUUCUGUGGAUGACCUAUGUCGCAAACUUCCUCUAUGUCGAAAUUACCAAAGAUAAAUAUUCCGCAGGAUUCAACUUGAAAGACCCGAAGUUCGUGUUCAGGGAAGUGGGGAACAUGUUGCAGCUGCUGAGCUCUUGCACUAACACGUGUAUUUAUGCCGUGACCCAGACGAAAUUCAGACAGCAAAUGUACGAUGCGUUAAAGUAUCCUUUCAAACUAUUUUUCGCAGCGGCUUUCGAUAUAUCGCGGAUUCUCUCUCUUCAUAAUAAGGGAGAAAAAGUGGUCUCCAUUUUACCAUUAAGCGGAGAGACAGAACAAACAACGCGCUGGUUUACGAUGUUAAACGUCCGUUGCGUCAGUAAUCUUCGAGCUCUGUCCCCGAAGGUCGCAAAGAUUCCUGGUCCUCAGGUCAACAACAGAUAUCCCCACUCCGCCGACAACACAUGGGUCUCCUGCCGUGAUACCGAACCUCGAUCUGCCCGUCUCCAGAGCCCUUAUAUCUUAGACGUCCGAACUGGAGCUGGACUCUCAGACCGAACACGUGGUGUGCCUAAAAAAGGCUAG